GGCGCUGCCGCCACGCCUGGCACGUGACGCGGGAGCCUCUGUCACGUGUCCUCCCCCCGGCCGCCGGGGCGGCCGCUUGCGCCCGGGCGUGCGAGGGCUGCGCGCAGGCGCCAGCUGUCAUUUGCACCAGGAACGAGACGUCCCGCAGGCGAGGGGAGGAAGAGCCCCGGGGCCACCGGGGAGGUUGAAGCGGAGGAGGGGAGGGGGACAGAGCGGAGCAGGCUAGACUAGACUAGUGCUGCCGCCGCCGUAAUCCCUUCUUCUUCGCCUUCAUCUGGCAGCGGCUCCUGGACAGGUGCGAGCUGGAUUGAAAUUGAACUACAAUGGCUGCUGUCAUCUCAGAUAGUCCCCCAAACCCAAGCUGCAAAAUCAUGACUUUUAGGCCUUCGAUGGAUGAAUUCAGGGAGUUCAACAAAUACUUAGUCUACAUGGAAUCACAAGGUGCUCAUAGGGCUGGAGUUGCAAAGGUUAUCCCACCGAAGGAGUGGAAGCCAAGAAAACAUUAUGAUGAUAUUGAAGAUUUGGUGAUUCCUGCUCCGAUACAGCAGAUGGUCACUGGCCAGUCAGGGCUCUUCACACAGUACAAUAUUCAAAAAAAGCCAAUGACAGUGAAGGAGUUCAAGCAACUGGCCAACAGUGACAAAUACUGCACACCAAGACAUGUAGAUUACGAAGAUCUGGAGCGUAAAUACUGGCGGAAUUUGACUUUUGUGGCACCGAUUUACGGAGCAGAUAUCAGUGGGAGCAUUUAUGAUGAAGAUGUUGAGGAAUGGAAUAUUGCUCAUCUUAAUACAAUAUUGGAUGUUGUAGGAGAAGAGUGUGGAAUUUCUAUUGAGGGUGUAAAUACGCCGUAUCUGUAUUUUGGCAUGUGGAAAACAACAUUUGCAUGGCACACUGAAGACAUGGAUCUCUACAGUAUUAAUUAUCUCCACUUUGGGGAGCCAAAGUCAUGGUAUGCUAUUCCUCCAGAGCAUGGGAAACGGCUUGAAAGACUAGCUCAAGGGUUCUUCCCAAGCAGCUCUCAAGGAUGUGAUGCUUUUCUUCGCCACAAGAUGACUCUGAUUUCUCCAUCAGUAUUAAAAAAGUAUGGAAUUCCUUUUGACAAGGUUACACAGGAGGCAGGAGAAUUUGUCAUCACUUUUCCAUAUGGGUACCAUGCAGGAUUUAACCAUGGUUUUAACUGUGCAGAGUCAACAAACUUUGCCACCAUCCGAUGGAUUGAUUAUGGAAAGGCAGCAAAGUUGUGCACUUGUAGGAACGACAUGGUGACAAUAUCCAUGGACAUCUUUGUGAAGAAGUUUCAACCAGAUAGAUACCAGCUAUGGAAACAAGGCAAGGAUUUAUACACUGUUGAUCAUACAAAGCCAACUCCUGCAUCAACACCUGAAGUAAAGAUGUGGCUACAGAAAAGAAAGAAAAUCAAGAAUGUUCUGAAAUGCUUCUACAAUACCAGAUCUCAAUCUAAGAAGUUUCAAACUCCAGAGGUCAUAAGAGUAUCUGCUAUGGUAGCUGGUGCAGAAAUCACAGCGACUGAAACAGCUACCGAUGACUUCAAGGUCAGUGAAGAAACUGGAAAAAAAAUGAUACUGGUAAACACAGGAGUGCCUUCUGGGGAAGAUGAAAACAGUAGCACAAUGCAGCUGGAUCAACAUUUAUUGGAUAAUGUCAAGGUUGCAGGAAGCAUUCGUUCUGAAGGACAAGCUUCUGAAACGGAAAACACAGAUAAAGAGGAAAAUGUCUCAACGGAGGGUGAUGUCAGUGACCUAGAAAGCUGUGAAAGUAGCUUGGAGCAUGGAGCAGUGCCCUUUGUAAAAAAGGAUGAAGAAGUUGGCAUGGAAACAUCCAGUUCAGCAGAAGAUGAAAGAAUGACAAUAUCUAAAAGUUGGCGUCAUCCACUAAGUAAACCCCCAGCCAGAUCGCCGAUGAUUUUGGUUAAACAGCAAGCAACAGGUGAUGAAGAAUUGGCUGAGAUUACCUUAAUUGAAGAGAAGAUUGAAGAGACAGAGUCAUGGGCCAGGCCUCUGGUCUACCUUUGGCAGACAAAAGUACCCAGUUUCAAUGCUGAGAAGGAAUACAACGCAGCUUGUGCAAAAAAGGAACCACACUGUGCCAUUUGCACACUCUUCAUGCCAUAUGAGACAGACAGACAUGAUGAAGAAAGUCCUGUUUUCAGGGAAACAAACUCAGCAGAAACAUUGGUGGCUGAAAAUGAAAAGACUAAACCUCUUAUUCCUGAGAUGUGUUUUAUUUAUAGUGAAGAAAACACUGAAAACUAUCCAUCAAAUGCCUUUAUUGAAGAAGAUGGAACAAGUCUUCUUAUUUCCUGUGCGAAGUGUUGUGUACGAGUUCAUGCAAGUUGCUAUGGUGUUCCUUCUCAUGAAAUCCAUGACGGGUGGUUGUGUUCUCGAUGCAGAGAAGAAGCCUGGACAGCUGACUGUUGUCUCUGCAAUUUGAGAGGUGGUGCAUUAAAGCAAACUGCUGACAAGAGGUGGGCACAUGUAAUAUGUGCAAUUGCCAUCCCAGAAGUCAGAUUUGGUAAUGUCACAGAGCGUACACCGAUAGACACUAGCAAAAUACCUUUGCAAAGAUUAACAUUGAAAUGUAUCUUCUGCAGACAGAGAAUUAAGAGGAUUUCUGGUGCCUGCAUACAGUGUUCAUAUGGACGCUGCCCAGCCUCUUUUCAUGUCACCUGUGCCCAUGCUGCAGGAGUGCUGAUGGAACCUCAUGACUGGCCGUAUGUUGUCUACAUCACAUGUUUCAGGCACAGGUUCAACCAAAAUGUGAGAGCUAAAGCAUGUGAGAGGGCCAUUACAGUUGGGCAGACUGUCAUCACAAAACAUAGGAAUACACGAUACUACAGCUGCAGAGUCAUAGAAGUCACAUCUCAACUUUUCUAUGAAGUCAUGUUUGAUGAUGGAUCUUUCAGUCUGGAUACUUUUCCUGAAGACAUUGUAAGCAGAGAUUGCCUACGGCUGGGUCCACCUGCAGAGGGAGAAGUUGUCCAAGUGAAAUGGCCUGAUGGAAAGCUGUAUGGUGCAAAGUAUCUGGGAACAAAUACAAUCAACAUGUAUCAGGUUGAGUUUGAAGAUGGUUCUCAAAUAGUAAUGAAGAGAGAAGAGAUCUAUACUCUAGAUGAAGAGCUUCCUAAGAGAGUAAAAGCACGUUUUUCUACAGCCUCUGACAUGAGAUUCGAAGAUACAUUUUGUGGAGCAGAUACAAUCUUGGGAGAGAAGAGGCAGAGAGUAUUGAGUUCGCGCUUUAGGAAUGAGUAUGUGGAUGAUCCAGGAUACCGUGCCUUCUUAAAGAGCUCCUUCCAGAGGAAAUGCCAGAAAGAACUAUGAAGCAAGCAAGAGAGCGAGAGAGAGAGAGAGAGAAGGAUAUCUAUUAAAAAGCAUGCAGCAUCAUUUGCAAUUCGUUUCGGGGUUAUUGAACAUUGGAUUUUACAAUGAACUAAUCCAUAUGUCAGCCUCAUAAGCUGAUGUACUUGAGUUCUAGUUUCUUCAGUUAAAGACUUUGCAAUGUUUUGUAUUAUGAAACUAAGGGGGAAGAUGAGUGAGAGUAAGGGGUAAUAUGCAGUGAUACGCUGAAGAAAACCUUCAGUCCUGCUCACAGUGAAGUAAAUGGUAAAAUUCCCUUUGAACUGUGAGAGGACAUUCACACUCAUAGGAGACAUUUUUGUAAACAGAUCGUUUCUGUGGCUCUUUUUUUUUCUCUCUGUAGACAGGAAAAGAUGAUAAGUUCAAUAGGAACAGGUUUUAUAAAUAUUUUUUAAAAACAGAUAUGUACAGUGUAAGGAAACAAAAGCUGUACUUGCUUUCUGCAGUACUUACAAAUUUUUAUGUCACUGCUGCUUUCAGAAGGGUUUGAUGUGGAUCCAACCAUCAACUUAGAUAUUUUUGGCUUAAGGAAUUAUACCUUCAGCACAAGGAGGGUGUUUUGUAUAUUUAAAGAGGCAGAUUUUGGCAGUUAUUUUUGAAUGUGUUUUUCGUAAACUCUAUGAAUAAUACCUAUUUGUAAAAUAAAAAAUUCUUUUGUUAUGUGUAUCAAAAAUUAGAGUUUAAAUAUAUGUUUAAUGACCUAGUUUUGAAUGAAUAUAUUAUGGUCUCCCUUUUUGAUUAUAUUCUAUUAAUGUAAUACUAUU